AUACAGGUUAAUUACAUCUCCUUUAUUAAAACAUGUUUAAGUCCAAAGUCUGUGUCACAUAAUGUUAAGAAUUUAUUGUUUUAAAUUUCAAACUCCUUGUCAGUGACGUCUACGACAGUAUAUGACGGAGAAUAACUUUUAAAUAUAGCCUUCAACUACAGCGUACAGAUGUUUGUGAAAUAUCCAGUUGUUUGCUUUGCUGAUUUCUAAGAACUUUUGCCCUAUAAGGAGGUAGCCCCAGCGUCACUUCCUCUUGCUGAUUUUAUCUCAUUGCGGUCUCCUGGUUUUGUCAGCCUUCCUCAAAAGUACCUUGCCACUCUCCCCACUGAUCUUAAUAACUGUUACACAGCGCGCUGAAGAGUGCACACAGACACGCGCUCACGGACAGCACAGAUCUCAGUUCCUUCGUUCCUCCUGCUAGCAUGGUCCUCCUCUUGCAUGUGAUACCAGCCACAUCAGGGUCUGCACUAUAAGAAGUUGUCUGUGGACUGGCAUGGCUCAGCAGGUGGAUACUUAUGACCAUGGCUGUGGGCCACUCAGACCCUCCAUGGACUAACUAUCUCUGAUGUACAUACUUGUCAUGUCCCAUGUUGCAAGACUAAGCACAGCCAAGCUGUGUGGAGCCGCUGUUGUCACACAGAGCAGGAAAUUAGCCAACUUCUUGCAGGAUCAAUCAGAGGAUCUCCUGAAAACCUACAUAUCCAAGCAAGGAGAGGGGUUCCCCCAAACGACCUCUUUCUGCACGGCAACGGUGGAGGGCUUCCCAGAAGGCAACGUCUCAGACAUGAAGCCUAAGGAAAUGCUCCGCAGCAUCUACAUCACCCUCAGACACCUGGAUGGGCAUUUUCAAACCCUGCGCCAGCAGCAGCUCGGUCUGGUGUCUCCCCCGUCUGACCCUCUGCACAAAAAGCUGGCGGACACCCACAACCGCAUCCAGGACCUCGCUGGCAACAUAAAAUGCCUGCUGGAAGAAGUUCCUCCAGAGAUCUCCAUAACCAGCUCUUCGUCCGGAAGGGGCAUCUUUUGGCAGAAGGUGUUCGGCUGCACGGUCUUAAGAAAAUAUUCUGAAUUCCUCAAGCAGGUGGUGAGUGGAUUAAGCCACGUUAUCUCCAAAAGAUCGGCAACAAGAGGAAAGGGAAUAAAGAGGAUACAGAAAAAAGUGUUGAGGUUAGGCGUCUCCUCGCCAUUAUGAGGUUCCCUGUGAACCCUCCUAGUUGGACCAGAGUAAACUGGACAGAAAUUACUGCCUUGUCAGCACUGUUAGCAAUAUAGGUUUAUUUAUGUAAUGUAAUUUAUGUAUUUAUUUUGAAAUAUUUAUAUAGUGUAUGAUUCUGGCCAAGUAUAGGAGUGUAUAAACCAAUGAUUCAAAUGCACUGAUUUGAUGGCAAACUGAAAGAUAACCGUUUCUCAACGUCAAGCGAUAAGCGUAGCAAGAAUCCAUUUAAAAUAACAAGGUGGUGCCGAAUGCCAGUUCAGCUUGCCACACUUGUUAGCAGUUACAGCAAUGUCCUGGAUGUGUUUUGAAUUGCAGAUGGUCCAUGAAUGUGCUGAUGCAAAUCACUGUACUGAAUGUAAGGAUGGGCGACUUCAGUUUUAGGUCACCCAUUUCUAAAAUAUCAGCCAUAUUGGCUAGGCCAUGUUUGCAAACAGAAAUGCAGGGAUCUGUUUUAUCACAAUGCAUGGACUGUAGAGUCACUUGGUUACUUUUUGUUGUUGCUGUGGGUAAUGAAACCUUGCAAGAGCAGGCAUCACAAUUAGACAUCAUUCUACUGCACCGUGCUAGUUGGCUAGGAGACGCAGGUCUUUACCGUACUAAGCACUCUUCUGGUGGUCGUGAGGAGGUUCAUCCUUGACGUAGCAUUAAAUAAUAUCAGAACACAGCAUCUCCACCAUCGUGACCCCUGUGAGGAGGCCAGGUGACUUCACAGAUACACUGUAUGAACAUCCAAACCCACUGACACCUGGAAAGUUUUAUUGGGAGAGACUUCACUCUGCGGCUUACGCACUGUAUCGCGCGUGCCUUUUCUUUUGAGCACCCUGCUCCAGGUACUAAUAGCUAUACCUUACAGUUUGAACCCAGGCCCCAGUGUGUGUUAGCCUGCAGGGCUCUGUGACCACUGCAAGUUUAAUACCAAUUUCCAUUGCUGUUACUGUACCAGUACAUGAAUGUCAUUUUCUAUGUUUAUUUAAAUUGUUUGUUAUUUAUGCAUAUUUUUGUA